AAUGCACACACCACCAUUAACCAUUUUGCUCUAUCGAUCAUUCUGCAUCUUUCUAUAUACUGGUGUUCUCUCCACCCUUAUUCUGUCCGAGAAGCUCCUUAACUAAUGGAUCCUGCAACUGUAAAUGAGCAGAUGGCCCCGAAUGAAAAGGAACUCAUGAAACAAAUCCUGGCAACCCACAAGCCAGAUGGCAAGGAAUUUGAAUUACAACCUCUUCUUGAUGUCGUAGAGGAUACAAUUCGGCAUGCCAAAGCUUGGUUGAGGGGAAAAGAUAACAAGGUCUCCACAGUUGAUCUCAAUUACCAGCUUGAUGAUUUGCUUUAUGACGCAAUUAAAAUGGUUUCUUGUGAGUUCUCUUGCAACUGUUCGGGGGAUCCAGACAUAAUUGAACUUCUUGGAUUAUUGGAAAGCUACUCAUGGGAAGCCAAGGCAGCGAUAAUCUUGGCCGGAUUUGCCGCCAACUUGGGCUUAUACUGCUUGGUUGCGCAGCUUUAUGAUGAAAGACACCCUUUUGCCAAAUCUCUGGCACUCCUCCAACUACCACCAAAUAUCCUGAAGCAAUCCUCUUUGAAACGGAAGUUUGAGGAACUGCUGGAAAUUUUUGAGGUCGUCCUUGGCCUUAUCAAGGACACUGUUAUGGCCAAGAUCAAAUCUCAGUCUGUUUAUGAAAACUACUUGGUGAAAGUUGUGAGUUUGAUCACUCAGAGUAUUGUGGCUUGUGCAUCAGAAAUGUUGAACACAGUGGCCAAGGGAAUUGAGUAUGAAGCAACAGAAUCGGAGGCCAGAAAACUUUCUGGCCUAGCCAAAAGGAUAAAGAAGAUGCGCAUCCACCUGAAGGAGGACAUCCAGGAAUGGACACGACAACAUGACGAGAUUGCCAUCAGAGAAAGUUUUGAGAAAGUCAAGAAGCGACUCAAGGAAACAACAUUCGAGAACAGUAUCGAUUUCCUCAGUGUUAUUGUUUCUUCCAAGGACAAUCAGUUGGCACUCUACGAUCCUUCUGCCAAGACAGAGGGUGGAGAACAACAACAUCCAUGGCUAUCAAAUGGGUGUGAAUGCUCCAUGUGCAGAAAAGAAAGGACAAAGCUGAGUGACAAACAUGUGAUGCUAUACAUUUCAAACCUAGAGGACCUCUCCGAAGACGAAUAUUCCCAUCUUUGUGACAAGUAUAAGAGGAAAUCGACUGAGUAUGAGAUCGUGUGGAUUCCUAUCGUGGAUGAAUCAAGCUCAUGGAAUGCAGAAAUGAAAAAGAAAUUCAAGAAAAUACGAGAUUCAAUGCCAUGGCUGUCCAUUAGCGACCCUUCCAAGCUCGACAAAGCCAUCAUCAAGUACAUCAAGAAGGUUUGGAAGUUCCAGGAAAAGUCGAGGCUUGUGGUGCUAGAUCCGAAAGGAAAGGUCAAGAAAUCUGGUGACGUUGAUCUAUUCUGGAUUUGGGAAAAUUCAGCUUUCAAAUCUGAAUCUGAUAGUAUGGAGGAAGAAGACGAGGAGAUUUGGAAAUUGACCACCAUUCAGCUGUUGCGGGAUACCCUGGGAUCACAAGUCGAUGACUGGGUUAAGGAGGAAAAGUACAUUUUCUUGUUCGGAGGGGAGGACAAAGACUGGAUUAAGAGAUUCAUAGCGGCUGUACGAGCGGUUGUAAAUGCCACUAAAAUAAACUAUGAGAUGUCGUACGUGGGAAAGAGCGCGAUGAAAUGGGGAAGACACCAAGAAGUUGAAAGCAAUAUUCCGGCCAAAGUGUACCGAUUCACUGAAAAGAAGCACAUGUCGGCAUUCUGGGCUACCCUGCAAAGCUUAUGGCAGACUAAGAUGGAAACUGGCAAGUCCAUUGUAGAAGAAACCACAAUGAAGGACAUCGUGACAUUUCUGGGCUUUGAUGCAGCUGGAGAAGGAUGGGCUGCGGUGUGUCGCGGUUCCCGCCGCACCAUGGCCAAACUUCAGGGCGCACCCAUUGUAGAGAUGUUGGAAACUUAUGCCAUCGAGACCAAAAAGGCAGAUAUGGGGAAACAAGUGGUUGAUUUAGUAGAUGAACUCGUCCAGAAGAUUCGGGAGAAUAAGGCCAGCGAAAGUGAUCACAAGUGCUAUAGCCUGACCCUUCCGGCGACCAAAGGGACCACCCUUUUGAGAGCAGAAUGCAUUUAUUGUCACAAGACUAUGAAGGCCUCCAUUACGUAUCGUUGCUGCAACGACGAGUAAUAAUAGGCCUUUCCCUGAGCUGAGCUACAACUCCUCAUUUGCUGGUGCUUAAUUCCCUAUAUAUGUUACUUUUGUUGCUUGUUAAGUUUGUUUUGUUGGUUGUAAUGUACGAUUGUCUGGCUCUGGCAUGUCCUUCAAUAAUAAAGGGGUUGUUGAUUCUGCUUGCGGUCCAUGUCCUAGAGAAGCAUCCAACCCCAUCUUAAAGGACAAUGAUGUAGCAUGUACCCUUUUCAUCGUGAUUAAUUUACUUCCCUCCUUCUAUUAA